AAUAAAUUCAAAUGACAAUCGGUCUUUUAAAAAAACUGAUAGCUGUCACAAUUUAAAAGUAUAAUAAAAUUUGAAAUUAAAAUAAUCUAUUUUAAAUUGUCUUAAUUAAAAUGGAUAUUAGUGAAAUUAAUGAACCGACUUCUGACAUCGACCAUCAAGAUACAGAAGAUUCGGCGAUUAAUAAUAAAGAAUUAUCAAAUGUAUCUCAGCAAGCAGAAGAGGUGAGUGAGUUAAAAGUUAAUCAGAGGUUCAACACAUUCGAAGAGUUGGAGAAAAAAAUAAAAAAUUAUCAAGGUUACAAAAAUUGUGCCUUUUAUAAAAGAGAUUGUGUCACAAUCGAAAAAUGCCGAAGACAAGGGGUUAAGCGACACAUUGAACCAAACUUAAAAUAUUAUUCGAUUAGAUAUUGUUGUAUUAAUGGUGGGAAAAAAUUUAAAUCUAUGUCGACGGGAGAAAGAUCAUCUAGUACUUUUCAAAUAAAUUGUCGAGCCUCAUUUAAAGUUAGAGUAACUGAAGAUGGAAAUAGUUUAAUUAUAUCGAAUAUAAAUUUAGAUCACAACCAUGAUACAACUAAAAAAUUCUACGAUAAUUUGCCUCAAACCAGAAGAAUGACACCAGAAGUACAAAGUAAAGUGAAGGAAUUGUUAAAAUUAAAAACAAAUAAAAAUAAAAAAAAGAUAAAAUUAGUAAAGAGACGGGAAAAGUCGUACCACUAAAAGAUAUCCAUAAUUUACAGUACACGCUUACAAUUUGUCGCAACCAAGUGGAUUGACUGUAAUAUCACAUUCUAUUAGCGAGUUUAUAACUUACCGCAUUUCAAGUUACAGUAAACUUGAACAAGAAUAAAUUAAAAAAAUUUUUACUAUUGAUUUCUUACAUUAAAUUGGUGGUGGUUAAAAAAUAUUCAAGAACUUUAACUUUAUUUAGAGGAGUAAUUAAAUAAAAAUAUAUUUUUUUGCU